AUGACCCCAACCUUUAUGGACAUCACCUCCACCCCGACCUCCUCAAUCACAGCCUCGACGUCCAUAUCCUCAGUCAUCGCCUUGAUUCCAUCAUUGUCGGGCAAGACCUCGACAUCAAUCUUUAGCAGGAGCGCGUUCUCCUCUCACACGACCUCAACCUCAACAUCCUCGGUCACUGCCUCAAGUCCUACAUCCUCAAGCACGGCCUCGACUACGUCCACAACCACCACAAGCCUGACCUCCUCCACAGCACCCUCGAGUCCAGCAUCCUCUGUUACCUCCUCGAGACCAUCCUCCACUGUCAGCACCUCCAGUUCCCCAACUUCUAUUGUCACCACCUCCAACCCGACCUCCUUCCUCACCACCUCCACUUCCACAGCCUCAGUCACGGCCUCGACCUCAAUCUCCUCAGCAACCGCCUCGACUCUGCAAUCUUCUGUGACGGCCUCGAAACCGUCCUCCACUCCCACCACCUCAAGCUCGGCCUCCUCGAUUGCUGACUUCACUUCCACAUCCUCGGUCACUGCCUCAAGUCCAACAACCUCGGUCACGGACUCCACAUCCACAUCCUCUGCAACCUCCUCAAGUCUGGAAACCACUGUCACCCCCUCGAGCCCAUCCUCCACUUACACUGCCUCGACCUCAACCUCCUCGGUCACUGCCUCUAGUCCAACCUCCUCGGACACGGCCUCAAGUCCAACAUCCUCAGGCGUAGCCUCGAUCUCCUCCACAGACACCACCAACCCGACCUCCUCCUCAGCAGCCUCGAGUCCAGCAUCCUCUGUUACCUCCUCCAGCCUGUCCUCCACUCUCAGCACCUCCACCCCAACCUCUACUCUCACCGCCUCCACUCCGACCUCCUUUAUCACUGCCUUGACUUCCACAGCCUCAGUCACGCCCUUGACCUCAAUUUCCCCCUCAACCGCCUCAAGUCCACAAUCCUCUCUCACAGCCUCGACACCGUCCUCCACUCCUGCCACCUCAACCUCAAUCUCCUCGGUCAUCGCAACUAGUCCUACAUCCUCGGUCCUGGCCUCAAGUCCAACAUCCUCAGGCGUAGCCUCGAUCUCCUCCACAACCUCCACCAACCCGACUUCCUCCACAGCAGCCUCAAGUCCAGCAUCCUCUGUCACCUCCUCCACCCCGUCCUCCACUCUCAGCACCUCCACCCCAAACUCUACUGUCACCGCCUCCACCCCGAGCUCCUCUGUCACUGCCUCGACUCCGUCAUCCUCAGGCACGGCCUCCACCUCAGUCUCUGAUACGAGCCCGUCCUCCGCUCACACGGCCUCAACCUCAACCUCCUCGGUCACUGCCUCACGUCCUACAUCCUCGAGUACGGCCUCGACCACGUCCACAACCACCGCAAGCCUGACCUCCUCCACAGCAGCCUCGAGUCCAGCAUCCUCUGUUACCUCCUCGAGACCAUCCUCCACUCUCAGCACCUCCAGUUCCCCAACUUCUAUUGUCACCACCUCCACCCCGACCUCCUUUCUCACCACCUCGACUUCCACAGCCUCAGUCACGGCCUCGACCUCAAUCUCCUCAGCAACCGCCUCGAGUCUGCAAUCCUCUGUGACGGCCUCGAAACCGUCCUCCACUCCCACCACCUCACGCUCGGCCUCCUCGAUCACCGACUCGAUUUCCACAUCCUCUGUCACCGCCUCAAGUCCAACAUCCUCAGGCGUAGCCUCGAUCUCCUCCACAGACACCACCAACCCGACCUCCUCCACAGCAGCCUCGAGUCCAGCAUCCUCUGUUACCUCCUCGAGACCAUCCUCCACUCUCAGCACCUCCAGUUCCCCAACUUCUACUGUCACCGCCUCCACUCCGACCUCCUUUGUCACUGCCUCGACUUCCACAGCCUCAGUCACGCCCUUGACCUCAAUUUCCCCCUCAACCGCCUCAAGUUCCUCCACAGCAGCCUCGAGUUCAGCAUCCUCUGUCACCUCCUCCAGCCCAUCCUCCACUCUCAGCACCUCCACCCCAACCUCUACGGUCACCGCCUCCACCCCGACCUCCUCUGUCACUGCCUCGACUCCGAACACUUCCUCCACCGCUGAGGAGAGCUGGUACGAGAACGAAGGUGGCACCUGGACAGCAUCUGAUGACUUCGUCCUCAACGACAGCAACGCCACCGACCCAGGCGGCAGCCUACGGAGCUUCACGGCCUCGCUGGAACGGGUCAACACUGACAUCCCGAUGCAGAUCGCCAGACCCUCACUGCGGCCCCAGUUGUGA